AUGAACGCACAGAGAGCGGAUAGUCAGAAACGACUUGCAGAUGAGCAGAACCAAGUGCUUCAACACCCCAGCACUGAAUACCCCAAGAAACCAGCAGAGGAUGUUUUGACACCUUCAUUUGUUCCUCCAGCCUUCCUCUCAACAAUGGACCUCUUUUUGCAGGGAUCCUCUUUAAACCUAUCAAAACUGCUCCACAAUAUCAGCAUUCCUGUCAAUCCCUCUGGGAAUUAUACUAACAACCAGUUCACAGAGGUCAACCUCUUUGAAAUCCUGGGUCCGAAACGCUCUCCCUUUUUCUUCCAAGUGACCAGUGUUUACCUUCUCAUCUUUCUCAUUGGCUUGUCUGGAAAUCUGCUCACAUGUGCAGUGAUUGCAAAGCACAAAAAAAUGCGUAAUCCUACAAACUUUUACCUUGUGAGCCUGGCUGUAUCGGAUCUUCUCGUGCUUUUGUUCGGGAUGCCCUUGGAGAUUUAUGACCUGUGGCAGAACUAUCCAUUCCCCUUUGGUGAGGGUGGCUGCUACUUCAAAACGUUCCUGUUUGAAACUGUGUGCUUUGCCUCCAUCCUUAACGUCACAGUUCUGAGUGUGGAGAGGUACAUAGCUGUGGUAUAUCCACUCAAAACACGAUACUUGUCGACUAACCAGCACGCUAAACGGGUCAUCACCAUUGUGUGGGUGGUUUCGAUGAUCUGUGCCAUCCCCAACACCUCACUGCACGGCAUCUUCUACCUGCCAGAGAGAAUGGAGGAGUCAGCUAUUUGCACUGUGCUGAAACCUUUGUGGAUCUAUAACCUGGUCAUGCAAAUCACAACUGUCUGCUUCUAUUUUAUACCCAUGAUGGUUAUUAGCAUGCUGUACUUAGUCAUGGGCCUUCAUUUGGGGAGAGAAAGGCGCCAGUCCAGUGGGAACCUGGGAAAGAAUUGUUGCAGCACUCGAAGGAAGAUGAGAGUGGAGAAUGGCCGAAGGAGACAGGUCAUCAAAAUGCUCUCAAUCGUGGUGGCAGUGUUUGGAGUCUGCUGGGCACCCUUUCACAUCGAGCGUCUUCUGUGGAGCUCUAUCAGCCAGUGGACCGACUUGAUGCACAACAUUUAUCAAUAUGUCCACAUCCUGUCGGGCGUCUUCUUCUACCUCAGCUCUGCAGUCAACCCUAUCAUCUACAGCCUGCUCUCCACGCGGUUCAGAGAGUGUUUUCGAGAACUUGUUUGUUCCCAGGGGGAGGACAAUAACUCUGUCAGAGACUCCCCUCCUUUUCCUAAAAUUUUGCUGGAUCCCUCCGUUGCAAGUUCAAGGGGUCAGGCCGAGGGGAAGGACUCUAAUGCUUUCAUCCCUUUGCUGUCCCCUAAUAUGACACUGAGUAUGGACACUGAAAUCCUCACAUGUGCUUGUACAGACACAACGUGCAAGACCUCUGUAUUCUGACUUUUUAUUUGAACAAGCUAGAAAGCAGCUGGUGCAGAAAUAUUGUAAACUGACAGGUUAACAUUUUGGAUCUUAGGUUUAUUUGUUUCCAGAAUUUGCUGACAUGAUGCUGUAUGAUGAAUACUGCCAGAAGAAAAUGAGCUUAGCUUAGAACGGAGACUUGAAACAAAUGAGGACAAGUAGUCUGUGUCAUAAUGUAAUGAAACUGUCUCGUCUGCUUGUCUCUGACCCUUUUAUUAACAUUGGCUCAUCUCAAAAGUAAAAAAAAGGUUCUAGUUGAUGAGCCAUGUAAAUCCAAAAGUUGCUUUCAUGUUGUAUUUUAGUGCAAAGAGAGAUCAUUUGGAAGAAAAUAACAAAAUCUACUGCAAAAUCAUGACACUGGAAAUGUAUGAAUUUUUGGCAGUUAGGCUGAUGAGACUAUGGAGCAUGAUGUUAUUGGGGACUGGGACGGGACCCCCUGAUGUUUAGUGAUGGUGGAGGAAAAAUAUGGUUGACAGGAUAGGAGGUUGAAUGUGAAAGAAACCCCCCUUUUUUUAAAUAUCAAGAUACCGUUAAAAAUACAUUGUAAAGGUAAAGGGCAUAUAUUUGUUUUUUAAAUCUUUGAGAGCCAAGCUAACCGUCCGCCUAUAUUUACAGUCUUUAGUUGCUUAGCUUUCCUGUAGCUCCAGUAUCAUAUUUAGCAGUAGUAUUAUGGAUAUUCUCAUAUAAUCCUAGCAAAGGAUGUGGAUAAGCAUAAUUUCCAGUAUGUUUUGCUAUUUUAUUUAAACUUAUCACAUGUCACUAAAAAGCUUGGAUGUAAAAUGAUUAUUUAUCCUUUGUUUGAAGCUUUGAAUCAUAUUUGACAACAGUGCCUGCACAUUUUACCUGCUGUCUUAUUUUUUAACUGCUGUAUGCCUUAUGUCAGAAAGUGGAAAAUCAGAUCGAUCUGAGCCAAAUGAUUACAUGUUGUAAUUGAUAUGUUGUACCUGAAAAUUAACGUGAUGCUAAUUUGCAAAAAGAAGUAGUAUAUGUCUCUGUGUUUCAGUGGGACAAAGAAUGUGAUAAUUUAUUGUGAGCUGUUGCUAAUGUUUUUGGGGUUUUUUCUCUUGCAUGGCCAGCCGGUAAGCUGUUGUUCACUGUGAUUGCAAAAAUGAAAACUGAUUAUGGCUAUUGUGCAAUGGCUAAUUCAAAAGCAAAAUAAAUAUUAAGCAGUCUAUAUACAUAGCUGUCACAUGCUUGAACUAUGUAAAUGCUGGAAACACAUUAUUAGAGUGCUGUCAUUUUGAUUACGGAACCAUGAAACUGAAGAGUUUAUUCAUCACCGUGAUUGCAUUAUGAAAUUUCUUUUUCCACAAGAGUUUAUAGACCUAGUGUGGUUUGAAUCAAAAUAAUAAGGUAGGACAGAUUGACUGGUUGAAUGUAUUGUGUCUUUAGAGUCACUAGUAAGUUGUCCUACUGCCCUUGUGUUGCUGGCCUAAAUAUGUGGUAGUCUUCACCAAUCCCACCACAUAUUACAGGCUGUAUACCCACCUCACUUAGCAAUAGAAUAUGUUAUUCUUACCUUUUUGCUUAUUAUUUAGGUAUCCUUGAACCAGUUAUCUCUUUUAGGCCCAUUGGCCUCGCUGUUGGCUUUCCAGCAGGUGGUUUUCUACACUUUUUUGUUAUGAAUGAUUACUGUUGAAGCAGGGGCACUGCA